AUGACCUCUCUGGGCCAGCCCAGCCCCAGGGGCACCCUCAAAGAAACUUCGGGCCCACUUCCCCGUGUGACUCCUGUGGUUCCAUUGCAGCUCCAGAAGGUCCUGCAGGAUCUACAGGAGCAUCACAGGCUGGUAGAAAACUUUGUCCACGUCAUGGAGACCGGCAGCCAGCUCCCAGGUGUCAAGUGCAUGGAGUGCCAAGUGGGCCAGGCCUCACCUGGCAAACAAGCCCACCAGGACAGUCAAGAAGCAGCCAGUCCUGAGCCACCCCAGCACCUGGCGGUUAAGACCCCACAGGAGUCAACCUUUGAAGACGUGACCACGAGGUCAUCCGACUGGCUCCAGCCGCCCAUCGCAGUGGAUGACCAGCUAGAGACCGAGCUGUUUGGCUGGGACGAGGAGCCCCGGUUUUGGCGAGAUGUCCUGACCGAGCACCUCUGGGAGGUUUAUGCUGGUGUCCACACUAAGGUGGAGGAGCCGAGAUGCAGGCACAGAGUGACGGAGCAGGCACCGGGCCUGGUAAGUCAAUACACAUUGUCUGGACCCAGCGGGGGCGGGCUCUCGGGUGGGGCAGUUGUCCUGGCCGGGCCCCCCCAUCCCGGGUCAGGGCGUCCCGACUCCCGUGGGAUCCCUCCAUCUCCAUCCGCUCCUGCCCACGGAUGCCGCAGGAGGACUCGGGAGACAGCAGAGCGGCUCACUGUCUGCAGCCUGGACUAUGCCCUGAGUCUCUGCAACUCUGCCUGGGCAUCCCUGGGGUUUUCUGGUUCUCAGACCCUGGGCAGAUCCUGGGACUCCGAGGACUUCGAAGACGAAUGGCAGAGGCCGGAUAGCUUGCUCCGGCAACCCAAGGGGUUGGCAGUCCCACUCAAGAUAGAAAAGAUGCGGGCGCUAAGACACGGGGAGCCCGUGCUCGCUACGGCCGUCAGCAGCUUCACGCAGCAUGCCUUUACCUGCGGCAGGGGCGGCGUCAAGGUGUGGAGCCUGACUGGCCACGUGGCCAUGGACAGGUUCCCCGAGACCCACCUACCUGCACAGACCCGCGGGGCCUACCUGCGCACUUGCCUGCUGUCCUCGGACAGCAGAGCCCUCCUGACAGGUGGCCACGGCCUGGCCAGCGUGAGUGUGUGGGACCUGGCAGCACCCUCCGUGCAUGUGAAGACUGAGCUGCCCUGCAAAGGUCUCACCUGCCAGGCCCUGGCCCUCAACCUCAAGGACAACUUGGCCUUUGCCAGCUUCACCAGUGGCACGGUCAGGAUCUGGGACCUGCGGGAUCAGAGCGUGGUCAGGGACCUCACAAGCCACCCAAAUGGAGCCAAGAGCCUUACGGUCAAAAACCACAACGUCUGGGCAGGAGGUCUGGACGCCUGUCUGCGGAGCUGGGACCUGAGGGCGAUCAAGGAGCCUCUAGAAUACCAAUUCGAGUCACAGAUCAUGAGCCUGUCCCACAGCCCCCAGGAAGACUGGGUGCUGUUGGGCUCGGCCGACGGCCAGCAGUGGCUGCAACACACCAGCGGUUGCCCAAAGCGUGUGGCGGGGCGUAAGGACUUUACCAUCCUCAGCCUCAAGUUCUCCCCGUCUGGGCAGUGGUGGGUGAGUGUGGGCAUGGACAACAUGGUCAGCGUCUACAGCAUGCCCCGGGGGACACUGAUGUUCCAGGUACCCGAGACCACCUCUGUCAUGUGCUGUGACGUGUCUUCCAACAACCGCCUGAUUGUCACGGGCUCUGGUGACUAUGCCUCAGUGUACCAGAUCACCUACUGA